CUGAGCAAUUUCUCUGCUCAGAAAUGUUUAAAAUUUCGUUUUCUUUCUUCAAAGGACAGUUACCGAACUUAACUGAGAAAUCGUUCGAAGUGAGUAUGGCCUCUUCAGUGAAAUACAGUGAAGAUCAACUAAACUACUUCAGGAUUUGUUACGUUACCACUGACAUCUUGACCGAGGGACUGCGAGAAAUCUUCAAACAAGAAUGGGAUAGUCGAUACAAGGCCACGUUAGGAGAAUGGAAAGAUGAUCCCAAAAAUGGAAUGGAUUUCUGGAAUGGCGAAUCGCUACGGAACCAAAAGAAGCAUGCACGUCUAUUAACAACCAUGACUAAAGGCAAUAGAGCUGAGUGGGACUGCACCAUGCUGUUUUACGCCAUUCUUUUUUCCGAUUGCAUCCAUAGUCUCAAUCCAGUCGUCCGGUCAAAUGUGGAUAAACUCAGGCUGUUUCGGAACGAAGAGUUCGCUCAUAUCGCACGAGGUCACCUCUCAGACGUAGAGUUUCAAAAUGCCAUUAGCAAAGUGGAAAAUGCAUUUUUAGCUCUCGGUCUUUCUAUUGUGAAAAUUCAAGACGUAAAAACCCAAACAUGUUUUCCCACUGAGCAGUUGAUACAUGUUUUGAAGAAGGUGGACGACCUCAAGCAGGAAGUUCAGGAAAAAGAAAAAGAAGUUCAGGAAAAAGAGAAAGAAGUUCGGGAGAAAGACAAAAAUCUUCAAGAAAAAGAGAAAGCAAUUCAGGAAAACAACAAGAAAUUGCAGGAAAAAGGAAAGGAACUUCAGCAAAAAGAACAACAAAGGAAAACCCUUGAAGAACAGUUAAACAGCGAGGCUUCUUCAUUUUGCAUUCUUCCUCCUAAGCCUUCUCAUGAUGUCGCAAAUCGAGAUUCCGAUGUAUCUAAGAUAAUUGAACAAUUAAAAGCGCUGAAAAAUUCCACAGGAUUAAGUUACUUGUACUUAUCUGGAAACCCUGGAAGUGGUAAAUCGCAGAUUGCCUCACUUGUAGCCAACAAUUUCUUUGACGAGGUCAAAGGAAGUACAUCGUUCGUAAUGACACUGAAUGCUGAAAACUCUAAAACACUUAUGGAAUCGUACGCCACUUUCGCUCGACAUCUGAAGUGCCCAGAAUACGCUGUUACUAACACACUUAUCUCCAAAGAUUUGAGUAUUGAUGAGAAGAUCAGAAGUCUAAGGACACUGAUCAGCACGAAAAUCGAGCUGUACUCAUCGUGGCUACUGAUAGUUGAUAACGUCACCAACAUGUCUCAUCUGGACGGUAAUUUACCUGAUCCAGGAAAUGGGCAGUGCGCAAAGGGCCAGUUGUUGAUAACAACACAGGACACCGCGUCUAUCCCGCCGUCUGGCUCAUUUAUUCAACACAUCCCAGUCAGCAAAGGUAUGGAGCCUCAUGAAGCCGGCUCUCUGUUGGAAAUGCUUUCUGGUUUUAAUGACCCAGAAAUGGAAAAAGAGGUUGCUCGUGUAUUAGACUACCAACCACUUGCCCUGGCAAGCGCUGCCACCUAUGUGAGAGAAGUAAGAAAGAACAAAUUAACUCCCAAUUUUGGCUGGGAUGACUUUCUAAAGAAAUUGGACCAAGGGAAGAGAAGUACAACAGAAGCCAUGCUCUCUGGAAGUAACCCAAGUUACAAAAAGUCCAUGACUGCAGCCACAACACUUGCUGUUAAGAAGACGAUCACAACCGAUAAAGUUUUGGAGCACACUUUUCAUUUUCUUUCUGUCUGUGCACCGCAUCCUUUGAGUCUAGAGAUUGUUGUAAAUUAUCUUAACAAAGUGAAUGAAGAGCUUAAAGAUCCUGAGAUACUUGCUACGAGAAUCUGCAAAUGCUCUUUGCUGUUAUUUGAAGAGGAUGACAGCGGCGUCUACAUGCGAGUGCACCAGAUUUUCCAUGACGUCAUUAAUGCUGUCAUGGAAAAUUUCGCCGAAAACAAAGAGCUUGAAGCCGUUGAUGGGGCUAUUCUGUCAUUCUACCAAGUUAUAGGUCAUGCCCUGGUUGAGGAUGACUCACAUACUCUUAUCAGAAGCAAGAACAUUGUUCCUCAUUUAGUCACAUUGAGCGAGAUAAUCGAUGGUCUCUUUUCAGAAGAGGGUAUAACUGACGCUAUAAAAGCCGGAUCAUCCACUCCUAAUGACUACCGGAACUAUUUCCAAACUCUUGGUCACACCUGCCAAAAACACUGUGAAUUCCGAUCAGCAUUAAGGUACUUCAACGCAACGUUGAGACUAACUCAAUGUGACGACGUGUUUGGUGACGAAGACAUUGUAAACGCAUAUGGUUACAUAGGUACUGCGCACCAUGCCCUUGGUCACCUGCAGCAGGCGAAAGAAUGUCAUGAUCGUGCACUUACCACUUGUCUGAAAAAGCUCGGACCUGAACAUAUCGAAGUGGCAUAUGGUUACGAUAAUCUGGGUGCUGUGCAUCAUGACCUUGGCGACCUGCAGCAGGCAAAAAAAAGUCACGAUCGUGCACUGACCAUUCGUCUUAAAAGGCUCGGACCUGAACAUGUCGAUGUGGCAUAUAGUUACAACAAUCUGGGUACUGUACACUACGCCCUUGGUGACCUGUUGCAAGCAAAAGAAUGUCAUGAUCGUGCACUUACCAUUCGUCUGAGAAAGCUUGUACCCGAACAUGUCAAUGUGGCAUAUAGCUACAAUAAUCUGGGUGCUGUGCAUCAUGAUCUUGGUGACCUGCUGCAGGCAAAAGAAUGUCAUGAUCGUGCACUUGCCAUUCGACUCAAAAAGCUCGGACCUGAACAUGUCGAUGUGGCAUACAGUUACGAUAAUCUGGGUACUGUACACUAUGCCAUUGGUGACCUGCAGCAGGCAAAAGAAUGUCAUGAUCGUGCACUUACCAUUCGACUGAAAAAGCUCGUACCUGAACAUGUCAUCGUGGCAUAUAGUUACAAUAAUCUGGGCGCUGUACAUCAUGAUCUUGGCGAUCUGCAGCAGGCAAAAGAAUUUCAUGAUCGUGCACUUACCAUUCGUCUGAAAAAGCUCGGACCUGAACAUGUCGAUGUGGCAAACAGUUAUAAUAAUCUGGGUGUUGUGUAUCAUGGUCUCGGGAACCUGAUGCAGGCAAAAGAAUAUCAUCAUCGUGCACUUACCAUUCGUCUGAAAAAGCUCGGACCUAAACAUGUAAAUGUGGCAAAUAGUUACAAUAAUCUGGGUGCUGUGCAUUAUGGUCUUGGGGACCAACAGCGGGCGAAAGAAUGUCAUGAUCGUGCACUUGCCAUUCGUCUGAAAAUUCUCGGACUUGAACAUGUCGAUGUGGCAUAGAGCAGGUAAUUAAGUGUUAUCAACUGAGUUAAAAACGUUAAUUUGCCACCGUAAAGAGUGCAAAGGCUGACGUUUCGAGCCCAAAGGACAGCCCUUUGUCAGCCUUUUCACUCCUUACGGUGGCCAAUUAACGUUUCAACUCAGUUGUUAUCACUAAAUUACCUGCUAUACUCUCCCACCGACGCAGCACCACAAUUUCUAUAGAAACGUACCCCCUUUAUUCGAUGUGGCACUUAGUCACGACAAUCUGGGUACUGUGCAGCAUGCCGUUGGUGACCUGCAGUGGGAAAAGAGUAUCAAGAUCAUGGACUGAUUAUCCGUCUGAAAAAGCUCGCACCAGAGGAUAAUGAUGUGGUAGCCGUGCGAAUAACUCUCUGAUGGUAUAACGGAAAAGGGAG